AUGCAUGACAAUAGUGAACAACAAACAAAAACAGCGGAAGAUUCUUCAGAUGAAGAACGUAAUAUGGCAACAUUACACUCAACUGAUGUACAGGAUUGGAAAUGUCGUGAAUGUGGCUAUGUGAAUAAAGAUAGCGAUACUCUAUGUGAUACUUGUGAAACUUCUAAACCGAUACGUCCAAGUCAUGAAAUAUAUACAAACUAUUCAGAAAAACGUCCAUCAACAUCUUUAUCUGAUAGUCGCAGUUCUUCUCCGGCUAGUCGAGAAGAUUCACCAAGUCCAACAUCGUUUCAACAACAGAAUUCAAGUCGUAAACAAUCACCAACAAAAACAGAUGAAUCUGAAUAUGAAAAAUCUUUCACUCAUUCAUCUAUUCUAUCAAGAAAAUAUCAAACAUCAUUACAAUCAUGUUCAUUGGAUGAUAAUGAAGGCCCAUCUUCAAUAGAUGUGACAAAACGCUGCCACUCACCGAAAGGUAAAUAUCUUAUUAAUGGUUAUUUGGGGAUGGGCUCAUUCACAACUAUACAUUCGCCUUUACGUAAUCAAAGUCCUCAAAACGAUGGUUAUAAAUCCGAAUAUAAUAAUUCUGCAUCCAAUGCAUCUUCAACAAUCCAUAAAUCAUCAUAUCAGGAUAAGCAAGGAGAAUCAUCUUCAAGCUCAUCACUAUUAAGAUCAUCCAAAUCAGAACAUCCUAUUAUUGCAUACAUUCCUGAUUUACCCAUAAAUAUUGAUAAACCUCAAAUACUUGAAAAUAUGAUUCGUGAAGCUUUAGAAUCCAGAUAUAAACAAACAGUAUUGAACGUUAAAUGUAAUACAGAACUAGGUAUGGGUACUAUAUAUUUAUCUAAUGAUAAUGAUAAACAUCAUUUAAUUAAUAAUAUCAAAAAAAUUUUAAUUGAACCAACAAAUAAUAUAACGGUAUCAGUAGUAGAUGAACUAGAAUUAAUUUCUUAUAUUGUCAUUGAUAAUAAGAAUCCAAAUGAUCUUCCAACAAUUGAUAAUAUAUGUCAACGAUGGGUUCAACUUUAUAAAACACGUUUUCCACCAAAAUGUGAACAAUUAUCCAAUCAAUUUCAGAAUAUAUUUCGUAUAGUUACACAUUCAUUGGAUGAAUUAAUUAGUGCUAUGUCGGUAAAAGAUCUUGUAAUUAAUAAUCAAAUAGCAAGUGUUUAUUUUCGUGCUGAUUGUUGCUUUUUAGAAGAUUUACCACGAACAUGCAAUUUAGAUCGAUUAAAGCAAGCGAUUAGUGAACAAAUUACUGAUCGAUAUACGUCAAGAGAAUUAAUGCAUAUUCAAUAUAAUGAAAAUGGUGCUAAUGCAGUUAUAUUAACAUCGGGUCGAGCUCGUAUUUGGAUGUCUCAUAAUUCAAUUGAAAUAGAUGGACGAACAAUUAUGAAAAAAGAUCAACUUGCAUGUCGACUAAUAAUACAAAAUGUACCUAAAGCUAUAUCAACAGCACUUAUACAAAAUCAUAGAAUCUUUGCAAACAGUGUCAUUAAAAUAUUGCCUAGUAAUGAUCAUGUUAUUCUCGAACUUUCGAAUAGAAAUAUUUAUGAAACAUGUAUUGAUCUUGGUGCUUUACGUAUUGGUGACUAUGUAUUACGUAUUGAAGCUUAUACAAUAUCGAGUAAUCCUGAAAAUAGCGAUAUCGAUGCUGAAAAUUGGUAUGAAACAGAAAUGUGUGAUUAUAAAUCUGAUAUUAUGCCAUUCAUGUCUGAUCCUCAUCAUCGUAUAUUUCGAUAUAAAUGGAAUUCACAAGCAUUUUUAGAUCAAUUUCGUCUUUGGACAUCAAAGAAUCGUCAUUCUAAUGAUAAAAAUCAAGUUGAAUAUGAGAAAUUAUGUAAUCAUAAACGACAUUUAUUACGAAUGACAGUUAUGUUAAAUACAAUUGGUGUGAUAAAAAAAGGUUAUUAUCGUAUAGAUGAAAAAGAAAUUAAAUUAAAACCAGAUCGAUUAAAAACAAUUGUUUAUAAUCAUAAAUCAAAGUUACAACAUGGUAAAACAAUUUUAUUAUCACAGGCAAUGCAAUGUCCAUAUCCAUGUACAUCAGUUGAAGUGAUUAAUGAAGAUUGUUUGAUUGUUUACAAAAAAUUAGUAAGUCAAGGUUGUCGACCAGUUAUUCUUAAUAUGGCAAAUGCUACUACUCCGGGCGGUGGCUAUCGACGAGGUGAUGGUGCUCAGGAGGAAACACUUUUUCGUCGUUCCAACUAUUUUCAAAGUCUUGAUCGUGAAUUAGAUGAUGGAAAACCAUCGACUCGAUUUUAUUGUAAUUCAAAUGGUGAAUUAGAAGCUUUAAAUGCACGUGAUCCGUUAUAUCCAAUGGAUAAUUACGGAGCUAUUUAUACAUCAGGUAUGACAGUUUUUCGUCAACCAGAAGAAAUUGGUUAUCCUUUUAUGGAUAUACCUAUGUAUGAUGUAUGUGGAAUUGCAAUGGCUGCUUAUCGAGAUCCUAAAGUAGAUAAGAAUCUUCUUACAUCAAAAUAUUCUAUUGGUACACGAAAAAAAAUUGAAAAUAUAUUUGCUAUUGCCUAUCAACAUAAACAUGAUUGUCUUGUUUUAUCUGCUCUUGGUUGUGGUGCAUUUCGAAAUCCACCCAAACAUAUUGCAACUAUUUUUAAAUCAGUUAUUGAUCAAUAUGCUGGAUUUUUUAAAUCUGUUUAUUUUGCUAUUAUUGAUGAUCAUAAUACAGGACAAGAUUUUAAUCCAAAUGGAAAUUAUGAACCAUUUCGAACAGUAUUCAAGGAUUAUAGUGCAGUGCCAAGAAAAUAUAAACUAGUCGAUAUGAUGAUUGGACCUUGGAAGAUUUUAAAGCAAAUAAAUGAUACAGAAGUAAAAUUAAGUGAUAUUAAAAUCUGUCAUUUGAAGCCAUGUCGUGAUGGUGGAAAAUGUAAUCAUUUAAAAAAUGAACAACAUUGUCAAGAAUACUCACAUCCGCCGUUAUGUCCAAAUACAGAUAAUAAAACAUCCUGUAAAGAAAAACAUGAUGAUCAACAUAUACUUUGGUUCAAACAUCGUUUACAAUGUUCAUAUGGUAGUGAAUGUACAUUAGUCGAUAAUGAUGUAACACAUAUGAAUGAAUUUGAACAUCCAGAAUUUUGUCGUGAUGGUGGUAAUUGUGAAAAUUUAGAUUAUGAACAUUUAAAAUCUUAUCGACAUUUACCUUUAUGCCGACAUCGUCGUCAAUGUGUCGAAUAUAAUCGUCGACCAAAUGAUCACUGUAUGAAGUUUCGCCAUUGUAUACCAAUGUGUCGUUUUGGUAAAUUUUGUACACGAUUUCAUGAUGAUAAACAUUUACAAGAAGAAACUCAUCCAUUUCGAUCACCGCCAUGUCCAUUUACUCCAUUUCAUUGUCAAGCUUACAAUACAUUAUCACGAACAAAUAGCAUUAAAACAUUACCAAUUGAUAUUCAAAAUCAUUGUUUAAAAUAUUCACAUGUAUGUCGAUAUGGUCGACAAUGUCAUGAAACAUCCGAUGUACAUUUAAACAAUACAAUUCAUGUUGCACGUCAUAUGUGUCCAUAUGACAGUAAAUGUACAAAAAAGCAUAAUGAAGAUCAUUUAAAUUCAUUCUCUCAUUCAGAUAUUCCUGAUAUUCGUCGUUUAUGUCUCUAUCAAAAUUAUGAAUGUCGAGAUAAACGAAAAUCUGAACAUAUUCUACAAUAUCGACACAAUGGAAAUUAUGAUAGCAGUGGUGUUAUUAAUUAUUUCGGACAAAAUAGAAUGAUUGAUUUUGUGUCCAAUCAAGAACAUAUGCUUAAAGCAAUACAAGAUUAUGCGAUACAUUUAAAACAAACAUUAUCAAUUCCAAAAGAAAUUCAAAAAUUUAUUAAAGGUUUACAGCCAGUUCAUCGAUGUUCAAAAAUUAUCUUUGAAUCUAUACUUGUUCAUGGUCAUGUUAUGUCUUGUGAACAUAUGGAACAUUUAAAAAAACCUCGUUUUGCAGCUCAAGCCGCUCAAGAACAUAAACAUGUACGAGCUAUUCUCGAUCGUUAUAAAUUGCCAACAAUAGAAAAUCAUGUUCGAGAAUAUUUUCAAGCACUCAUAUCUCAAAAAUAUAGCACAAAAUAUGGUUCAAAUUCAGCAUUCGGUAUAGAUACCAGUAGUUCAAUGGCUUCAACAACGCCGAAUGACUUUGAUGAGACGAUUUGUAAAGAAGAAAGAUUUUUAAAAAGUAUGUUAAAACCAGAAGAGAUUGAUAGAAUUCGAAAACGUGCAAUUGAUAUUGCUGAAGCUUCAUGGAAUCUUCAGGGUGAUCCAACUGGUAUUAAAUAUGCACCUGACAAAGUAUUAGGUACUAAUAAACAUAUUUUUAGUAUUCUGGGUCCCCAUUUUGGGUAUUAUUAUGGUGAUAUAUUUCUUGUAUUUAAAAAUGAAGUAAUGCUUCAUCCAGAUGCAAACUUUUCACCUCAAGCAGCAACAGCAUUUAAUAGUGGAAGGACAUUUUCUUGUCGACCAUGGGUGAAAGAUCCUGGUUCAGAUGAAGCAAAAAUCAAAUGUUUUCAUCAAUCGAAACUACAUUGUUCUAUACCAGGAUAUGAAUAUGUCGCAGCAGCUGAACUCAUUGCUACAACAGGGUUAUAUAAGAAAACCAUGGAUGUCAAUAUAAAAGAUAUUUUAGAACGUUGGAAAAAAGUUAAUUCACAUCAAGUAUUUGAAGCACAUUUACCACAAUUAAUUCCAUUGGAUUAUAUCGACGCAGUAUAUAUACCAAAAAAUCUGUUUAAUUCAUUAACACCAGCAGCACAAGAAUCAGCUAAAAAAACUUUUGGUCAUUCACUUCAUCUUACUGAUCUUGAAGUUAAUCUUGGUCCUAAUGGUGAUGUCAAUGUACAAUUAUUGGAUAAGAGUCGUUCGAAAUAUCAAAACUAUGUAAUCGAUAAACUUAUAGAAAAAAUCGAACAUCCAACACAUUUUUAUGGCACUGUAAUUACUCUAGCACCAAGCAAAUUUUCAGAUCAUAUUCUUGUACCAAUUACAAUAAAUAAAGCUUAUGAUCAAUAUCGUCAUACUCAUAAAGGAAAUACAAGUUCUGAUGAUACUUAUAUUUAUUGGAAAGCCAUGUAUGGUGAUAUGAUGAUCACAUUAUCAAAUGAACCGAUUAAUCCUGAUAAAAUUGAACCAAAUAUUCGUUAUCUUGUUUGUUAUGUUGCAGAAAAGCCAUCGACAACAACAACAACAAAUUAUAAUGAAUCAUACUCAUAUAUAAAUGCUAGUGAACCAUAUCGUCAUGAGAUGAUUAUGGCUAAUGGUCGCUGUUCACGUAGUUCACGUACAUUUUAUCGUGGUUGUAAUAUUGAAGGUUUCUUAACUUAUUGUCUUAAAAUUGAAAAGAAAACAGGCCAAGUAACACUUUCACAUGCUGGAUCAAAUGGUAUUUAUUGUUAUGAAACAAUAACAUGUAAUUUUCCAAAGACAACACUUGAUUUAAACAAAUUAAUAUAUAUUCAUGUUAGUGCUGGUUCUCAAAAAGUACCAAUUCAAAAUUUAAUUAUUAGUUUUGAACAAAUUCCUGAUUUACAUCCAUCAUUUGAUAAAAAUUUCAAACCAGGAAAUGAUGUUGUAUCUCGUGACAAAAAACCUCAUAGACGUGAUCGUUCGCCAUCACCAAAAUCUGAACAGCCAUCUCGUGAAAAAUCUUCGUCAUUAUAUCAGAAAGCAGAGCAUGUUAUUAGGAACGUAUUCGGUUAUGGUGGCAAUGAUAAAAAACUUGAGCCAUGUUCUCAUUCAAUAAAUUGUUCAUUACAAGAAUCACCUAAACAUAUGAAAGAGUUUUCUCAUCCUUGUCCAUACUCUGAACUUUGCACGAAAAAAGACAAGGAACCUUAUUUAACUCAUGAACCACAUCGAGUAGAACAAUGCUCCUCAAAGAAUACCUGUCAAAAACUGAAUGAUCCUAUUCAUCGAGCAAAAUAUCGACAUAAUGGUUAUCCUGACUUUCUUAUUCCAUGUCGUCAUGAAAGAAAGUGUCAAGAUACAACAUUCCAUCAUAGAAUAAAGUAUUCACAUGGUGAAAAUGUCGAUAUAAAAAAAUAUGCAAAAGAUGUCAUUCCUGAUAACUCAUCUCCAAAAUCUACUUUACCAUACCAGGCUGCAGCAUCCUCUGAUGCAAAAACAGAUAAGCAACAAACUUCUUGCCGAUAUGGAUCAGAUUGCCGUGAUAAAAAUGAUUCUCAACAUUGUUCAAAAUAUUCACAUCCUUAUAGUUCAUCUGGAGCAAGAGAUCUAUGCACACCUUGUCGUUAUGGACGUGAUUGCCGUGAUAAAAAUGAUCCUCAACAUUAUUCGAAAUACUCACAUCCACAUAAUGAUAGAUCUAAAUCUUCAAAUAUUUCAAGUGAUGAUCAAACACCUUGUCGUUAUGGACGUGAUUGCCGUGAUAAAAAUGAUCCUCGACAUUAUUCGAAAUAUUCACAUGAUCAUGGAUCGAGGCCUUCGUCUAGUUUAAAUCAUAAUCAAAUACCUUGUCGUUAUGGACGCGAUUGUCGUGAUAAACAUGAUCCUCGGCAUUGUUCGAAAUAUUCUCAUGCAAACAAGUGA